AGAGGAGGUGGGUGAUUGGAACAGGCCUAGGGUGUUCUGACCCUUCAACCCCUGCGCCAUGGCCAAACUGAGCGUCAAGCCCAGUCAACGCUUCCGGUUGCCAGACUGGCACACCAACAGCUACCUGCUGUCCACCAAUGCCAAGCGGCAGCGAGAUGCUUCGCACCAGAUCCGCCAGGAAGCCCGGGUCCUCCGCAAUGAGACCAACAACCAGACCAUUUGGGAUGAACAUGACAAUAGGACUCGACUGGCAGAGAGGAUUGAUACUGUGAACCGUUGGAAGGAGAUGCUGGACAAGUGUCUGACAGAUUUAGAUGCUGAGAUCGACGCCCUGACCCAGAUGAAGGAGUCAGCAGAGCAAAACCUGCAGGCCAAGAACCUGCCUCUGGAUGUAGCAAUCGAGUGCCUGACCUUGAGGGACAGUAGGCGCGACAUUGAUGUGGUGAAGGAUCCUGUGGAGAAAGAGCUGCACAAAGAGGUGGAGGUCAUUGAUGCCACCAAGAAGGCCUUGCAACAAAAGAUUAGCCAGGCCUUUGAGAAGCUUUGCCUCCUGCAGGAGGUCCGACAGCAGCUCAGCUCCGACCAUCGGGACAAAAUGGAGACACUGGACAUUGACAGAGGCUGCCUCUCUCUCAACCUCAAGUCCCCAAAUAUCUCUCUGAAGGCUAAUCCCAUGCGUGUCCCCAGAGGCUCCUCCACCCUCCAGCAGUGGGACGACUUCAGCCAGUUCAACAAGAACCUGGCAGAGGCCGAGAUGAAAGCCACGGUAGAGCUGAGGGAGGCCAUCGCCCUAACUAUUGCCGAGACCAACAAUGAGCUCGAAGCCCAGAGGGUGGCCACAGACUUUGCCUUCAGGAAGCGGCUGCGGGAGAUGGAGAAAGUGUACAGUGAGCUCAGGUGGCAGGAGAAGAAUACCGUGGAGGAGAUUGCUGAGCUGCAGGAGGACAUCCGGCACCUGGGGGAGGAUCUGCGCAGAAAGUUACAGAACCUGAAGCUAUGCCAGACCCGGCUAGAGUCCAGAACUUACCGGCCCAAUGUGGAACUGUGCCGGGACCAGGCACAGUAUGGCCUCACUGACGAGGUUCACCAAUUAGAGGCAACCAUCGAUGCCCUGAAGCAGAAGCUGGCCCAGGCACAGGAUGCUCUGGAUGCUCUCCACAAGCACCUGGCCCGGCUGCAGGCUGACAUUGACUGCAAGGCCAACUCCAUGCUGUUGGACACCAAGUGCAUGGACACCCGCAGGAAGCUGACUGUACCUGCGGAGAAGUUUGUACCCCAGGUGGACACCUUCACCCGCACCACAAACCGCACCCUGAGUCCACUCAAAAGCUGCCAGCUGCAGCUGGUCUAGUCUUGGGGGGCUGAGGGAUGAGGGAAAGGUCAGAUGGGAGAUGGAAGAGGGUGGGGGGUAGAGAGAAUGAAUCUAAUAAACGUGGUUCUCAG